AUGGCGGCCGCGUUUGUAGCUGCCACCGACAUGUUCGGCUAUCCCAUGUCGGCGCCGGCAACGGCUCCCAACAGCUUCUGGGACCCCGGCGCCGACAUGUCGGCAAUGGACAUUGAUUUCUCUUUUGGUCCUAAUGUUUUCCAGCCAACCCAUCGUCACAUGCCGUCGUUUGACGCUUCACAAAUGUUCCAGGAAACAACCCCCCUUCCGCCGGCAAAUAGUCAAGAAAAUACUCAGCCCGUCAAGCGAAGCCGGCCCCUGGCUCCCAAGCCCCCUGCGUCUAACGUCCAGUCCAGCUCAGCGGAUAUUUCCAUGGCUUCGUUCACGACGUCGGCGGAGGAUCCUUUUGGUAUUGUUAGCCCCGGCGCCGGUGUGGAUCCGGGCCUGCUUUUCAGCCGACCGUCAUCUUCGAAUACGGAGACCAAUAUCCCCGUGACACAAGGGUCCGCACAAUAUGCUUUGGCAGCGGCUGCGGAAACUCAAUCAAGAGCACCAAUGCACGGCGGAGACAUACGCCGUUCCCUCAGUUCCAGGGAGUUGGCACCCAGUAGAAUGCCAGACCACAUGUUGGGAAGCUCGCCAUCCAAGUCCCAGGGACGCCCCAACGGGCUUCAACGAAGCGUUAGUGAGAACCGUGGCCGUCGUAAGGCGCUGCCGACGCUGGCUCCCGCCAUCCAGCCCAGACCUGUGGUCAACAAUGGUCCGGCCGCAGGACCUCGUCGGCCUCUGAGUCGGCCUUCAGGCAGAAUAUCACCUCUGAAGCAGCAGCACUCGCGGCUAUCAAGCCUGACGUCAAUCCCUGAAUCGAGCCCCCGUACCCGGACGUCCGUCAAGUUCACAAUUGACUCGAAAGGCAGAGCCCGAGCUGAGACUACCGUCGUUGUUGAUGAUGCCGGAUCCAAUGGCGCACAGAGGAAGCCCGUCACCAGGGAAAUGCCGCGCAGAGAAAAGAGCUGGGACUCUGAGGACGAUGAUUCUUCAACAGAUGACGAGCCCAUCAUCAUUCCCAGCCGGAACACCUCCUUUGCUCUCCCUGAUCCUCGCAAGCCUACUUCGUCUUCCAUGUUCCAUUCAUCUCGCAGAAGCGUGAGCGAACACAGCUCAAGCAGUCACGGUGCAUCAACUUCACAACACGACGCCGAGAGCGAAGCAGAGACAGUGAUGAAUGAUAAUCACGGGAAAGGCGGCGAUGCCGCAAGCGAACUGCGCAAGUUGAUUGAGAGCCGCCAGAAGCGAGGUCCCCAGGUCCUCGGCAGCCAGCGGUCCAACCGUUUUGCCUCUGGCAGCUUUGUUGGGAAUUUCCAAGGAGGUCUAAUGUCGCCCGGCGCCCUGACCGAGGCCAGCUUGCCUUCGCCCACAAAAGCCACCUACAGUGUGCGCUGCGUUUGCAGGAAUAACGCUAACAGGCCAGGAGAGUACAUGGUCCAAUGGUAA